CGGGACACGCAUGAGUAUGACGGGCUCUCUCCCGCGCGGGGACAGACAGGAGCUAGUAUAAACGUGCUCCGGGCUAUCGGGGUGUAAGAAAACAACGCUACUUCUGUCACUGACCUGCGGCGCUUCAAAGAGAGAGAGAGAGAGAGCGCGCGCGGGUGCCAGCGAGCUCCGGCCCAUGUAGAGCGGCCAUGGCCGCGCUGGAGGGCUGCCGCUGCCGGGGCAACAACAGCAUCCUCUACAGCAUUUUGAAGAGCGACAGCCUCGCGAGCGCCGAGGAGCAACAGCAUCAUCAACAACAACAACAACAACAACAACAUCCCCAACAAGAAACAGUGCAAAACUUGCUGCACAGGACCUCCUCCUCCUCCUCCUCCUCCUCUUCCUCCGCCGCUGACCCCGCCUCGCCGCAGGAGCUCCGGCAGCAGGCUUGCUCCUGCGGCUCCACGCGGCGCCGCGGUGUCCUCCGCUCCCCGCAGGUGACGUGCAAAGCCGCCUCGGCGGUUCUGGUGAAGACGCUGCGGUUCGUGAAAAACGUCCCGUGUUUCCGGGAGCUGCCGGAGGACGACCAGCUGACGUUGAUCCGCAGCGGCUGGGCGCCUCUGCUGGUGCUGGGACUCGCGCAGGACCGGGUGGACUUUGAGACGGCGGAGACCGUGGAGCCCAGCAUGCUGCAGCGCAUCCUCACGGGUCUACCGGACAGGCAGGGCGAGGUGCCGGCCGGCCACAGCAGGGGGGCAGCCGGGGUCUCUGUCGCGGACAUCGACGCCAUCAAAGGCUUCCUGAAGAAGUGCUGGAGUGUAGAUAUCAGCACGAAGGAGUACGCGUAUCUGAAAGGAGCCGUGCUGUUCAACCCAGACGUGGAGGGUCUGCGCUGUCUCCACUACAUCCAGUCCCUGCGGCGGGAGGCGCACCAGGCUCUGAACGAGCACGUCGGGCUGAUCCACCGGGAGGACGCGACGCGGUUCGCCAAGCUGCUCAUUGCUCUCUCCAUGCUGAGGGCCAUCAGCGCGCCGGUGGUCGCGCAGCUCUUCUUUCGACCCGUUAUAGGCGCCGUCAGCAUCGAGGAGGUGCUCCUGGAGAUGUUCUACGGGAAGUAGGUCCGUUCGGAUGGACUGGUGGAUGAAGAGGAUAUUAGGGACUACUGCGUUCAGGACUUCUGUUGGAGGUCGUCAAGGACUGUGAAAUGAACAACCUGUCACGCGCGCGCGCGCGCGCGUGUGUGUGUGUGUGUGUGCGUGUGUGUCUGAGACAAAGGAAGCUCGUGUGUUGAAGGCGACAUAUGUUAUAGUAGAGGAAAAUGAUACAAAGCAGCUGCUGGAAUUCAUAACUUAAUUGUUUUUAUACAAACUAUUUUUCUAUAAUAAAAAACGUUCUCUGAA